UUCUCGGACUUUCGCAGCUCUGGCCAAGGCUUGCUCGAACUUGGCGAUCAAGGAGGGUGGCGAGGAGAUCCAUGGACGAACUGUCAAGCUCGAGUCUCUGAGAAAAGUGCGCUUGUGAGCAUGUACGCUAAAUGCGGGAGCAUGACCGACGCUGGACGAGUUUUCAGCCGAGCUGCUCGUCUCGACGUCGUCUCGUGGAACUCUCUCAUACUCGGCUAUGCCGAGAACGGGGAAGAGGAGACAGCUUUGGAGAUCUUCACCACCAUUUUUGCGACAUGCUGUGAUCCGACGGCUUUGAGCUUCGUCGCUGCUCUCACGGCGUGCAUCAGCCUGGCUGCCAAGGAAGAAGCUCGAGUUAUCGAUGGAGGAAAGCUGGCCAAGAUCCGGUGCCUGGAGAGAGGAAUGGCUGUUCAUGCUCAAGCGUUGGAACUGGGUCUUGACACGGAAAGCUACGUUGCGAGCAAACUCGUCACCUUGUACGCGAAGUCUGGAACCUUGGCCGAUGCUUGGAGAGUCUUCACCACAAUGCCGAGUUACGAUCUCGUCUCGAGCACCGCGUUGAUGCAAGCCUGCGUUGACAACGAAGAACCAGAGCUGGCUCUCGAGAUCUAUGCUCUCUGCCACGAUCAUCGAGAGCUUCGUGGUCUCCAGAGCAGGGACGCUGGAGUCUUGGUCACAGCACUCAAGGCCUGCGGUGAUCUUGCGGCACUAAACGCUGGAAGACAGGUCCAUGCCGACGCUUGCCGGAGUGGAGUUGAGGAAAAUCCAGCUUUACGAUCUUGCCUGGUGGAUUUCUACGGCAAAUGCGGAUGCAUGGUGGAUUCACAGGUGUUCUUUGAUUCAUCCGCAACAAGAGACCUGAUAGCUUGGACGGUGCUCAUUGCCGGAUAUAGCUGUCUAGGGAACUCAGCACAGGUUUUCGAGAACUUUGGAAGGAUGAGAGACGAAGGUUUCCAAGCGGACGCUGCGACUUUGUGCUGCAUCAUCGCUGCUUGUAGCUGCUCCGGCCUCGUUGAAAAAGGCAACAAGUUUUUCGAUGCAGCGGUCUAUGAGACUGUGGCAGACCGAAAUUUGUAUCACUCGGCAAUCAGCAUGCUGGGCCGAGCAAACUUGUUCCAAGAGGCAAUUGGUCUGGUGGAGAAAAUGCCGUUUACGCCGACGUCCCGGACUUGGACAACGCUCCUUGGCACAUGCUCAAAGUGGAAUAACAUCAAGGUGGCUCGGUUUGCGUUUGGGAAGUUUUUGGAGCUGGAGGACAAGGGUGAUAGCUCGGCUUAUGUCCUCAUGGCAAAUAUAUUGGGGAGAGGUAAGCAUUGAGAGAAUCAGCUAAACUAAAGAGUAUGCCUAUCAAUAUUCAUGCGUCAGGAAGGACAUCUUGUCAUGCUUUGUGUCAAAACACAAGAUUUAGUUGCAACAGGACUAUUUUGCAGUCUCUUGGAACUCUUGAGAUAUGGGAGAAAUGAUGAUUUCAACAAAACGUUAGCAUCAUCAAUUAUAUGUAAUUAUCUUGAAAAUUUUGUGAAAAACUAAUUUUAUAUAUAAUAGAUUAUUAUUGUUCAA